GUACCAUUUGUCUCGUAAGAAGCUGUGAUUGACGACAGAAUAACAUGAGUGAUUCCAAGAUAGAGUCGCUGUUCUUCACCAGUCUGCCAGAUUUUCAAAAACUCUGCGCUGUCCGCGUGACGCUAAAUCAUGCGGUACCGGACACGGAGAUCAGGAGUGCACAGAUGAAAAUGUGCAGGCAAUUGCUGUUUUCACAGCCUGAUGUUCUGGCUUCACCUGAUCCCGGAAGGCUCGACAAAAUUUUGGUAGUAAUGGCGAUUACAUUUUACAAAAGUGGAAAGCUUCAAGAUUACGCUAGGAGUCAUGGAGCUACGAUGGAAGCUCCCCAACGGGUGGUCCCAGACAUCCUUCAGACCUGCCUCUCUUAUUCUCUCUCAGCCCGACUUGCCCCUUCCUGGAAUAAAGUGGGUCAACUGCUGGUGCAAGGGAGAGAUUUUCUGUGCAAAAUGGGAAAGCAAAGUGCUGUUGCAUUGGAAUACAAUGUAUCCGAAACCCAACUUUGCAUAAGUGUAGAGGCUUGCACGAUUAGACUUCCGCCACCUGAGCUGGAAGACUUUGAAAUAUCCGAAAACAUCUUAAAGGGUUUUGAGGCUCACGAGGAGGCAGUCAUUCAGCAGCGUUCCAUUUUAAAUAACUGGUGUUAUAUCUUACCAAGCAUGAAGAUGGGACAAAUCAUAAAUAUUCUUCACACCAUUCCUACUGAUUGUCCUUUCAAAUCAUACGGGGACCUUCAGGCGCACUGGGAUAAUCUGUAUGGCUAUAAGCUUCCAGAGGAUGGUGGAGCCACUAAAGUAUAUUGCAGCAUCUACUUCAAAUUAAUUGGAGAAAGACUUUUUACGUAUCCCCUCAGUUGCAUCAGAAGCCAACCAGUACAGUUCUAUCCAAGAGUGGAUCUGGAAAACGUAUCAAAGUCUUUUCUUUGUGAUCUAAAGUCCAGUCUUCCUCGCCUGUGUGGCUUUCCAAUCAAGAUGACAAGCGAACCGUGUUUCCACACUCAAGACCUCAUCAGACCGUCCCUGCAGGAAAAGAAAGCCGAGACUCCUAACUUGACUGCUAAAAAAAUAUUCGGGGCUCCUCUGACUCAAACCCCAGCGAUGAAAUCUGCUUCCACCAAAGGACCCGUAGUCCAGGACCCCAAGAGGGAGCUUUGCGUGAACAAAUCCAACAUCUUCUCCAGCCUGACCUUACAGCCACAACUUGCCAACUUGAGGGAGAGAAAUGCCCCGCCCAGAGAAACAUCAGGACAAAAUCAUCAGGAUUUAGGGGCUUCCCAAAAGAAAGACGCCCCCAGGAUCGUACCGAUUUUUAAAAAACUGCUGCUGACGAACGCAAAGAGCCCCAAAAAGGUCAACUUAAAGAAGAAUCAGCAUCCGACCCGAGAAUCCAAGUCAAUCGCAGCUCAAGCUCUUAAACCCGAUUUUGGCCCGCCGGUCGGAAGAGGCGAUAGCGGCAGUCUCCUUCAGGUGCCUUCUGGAAAUACCAAUCCGAAAGGGCUCGCGGAUCUGUGGAAGACGAAAACAAAGUCUAGCCGUCUCUCAUCCCAAACGGAUGCAAGUAAAAGCCGCUCCCAACCCUCCGACAACUCUGUCGUUCGCGCACCGAGCAGGCCGGGUUUGGGCCGAAGCGUUGCCAAAGAGGUCCAGUCGAAAAGGAAAGAGAAUGUAUUAAGCAGACUCCCUCCGCAGGCUUUAGAGAAAAACCAGAAGUCCAAAAAGAGAAAGGUACAAUGUAACGUCUUCGAGUCGGACGCGGAAUCUCCAGGGCCUUCGCAGCCAUCACAGCCACCAGCGGAGAACCAAAAGGAAGCAGCCAGUGCUGCUCCCUGUCAAAGCCGUCGGGCAAACAAGUCUAAAAGAAAGUCUACAGAUGAACGCUCCGAGAAUUCCUCUCACAAGCAGAGUCAUCAUAAGUUGGCUAGUUCUUCAGCUCAUCAGGAAGGAGUAGUGGAUUUGAAAUCCAGAACCAUUUUCAUCUAGGAUGGGUAUUCAGACCAACACGGAAAGAAAAAUCAGGCGGUCUGCAUGCAGUAUAUAACGAAGGCGGUAUUCUGUGCAUGUGUUUCUAUGUAACCUACAGUCUUUUCCAGGAACUCUAAGUUGUCUUGUUUAUUUCUGAAAACUGGCAGCGACAACCUGAAAAUAUAGUCAGGUGCAAAUUGUUUUCAUUGUCCCGGUGUGCGGAGAAGUGCUUCAAAAGUAUUACCACCAUUGCUUUUUAAACUCAUGGCAACUCUACUAAGUCAACUCCGAAUACGAUCAAAGGAAUGAAGAGUUCAGCUGCAGAUAUAAGCUCCUCUAGACUGUAAGCUCAUCCUGAGCAGAGAACAUGUCUAAUAAUAAUAAGGGUAUUUCUUAAGCGCUUACUAUGUGCCAGGCAUUGUACUCUCCCAAGCACUUAGUACAGUGUUCUGAGGCACACAGUAAGUGCUCAAUAAAUGCCAUUGAUUGUUAUAUUUGUCCUUAAUGUUAAAAGAUAACCCUGAAGGGUGAACUUUGAUCCAUAGGUGCUGGAAGGGCCAGUGUGUCCAUUGCUGGCUGUUCUUUAGUAGUUUAUAUUAAGUAUUUAUACAUCGGUGAUAUCUGUUAGAGACAAUAAAUCAGAAUUAAACUUGUUUUCUUAAUACCAUAUUACUUAUCGUUCACCUGGCCAGACUUGCCUCAGAUUCUGUUGUCCGAACGUGAUUGCCAGUUUAAUAUAGAGUUAGAUGAUCAUCCAAGUCUUCUUAGCGUGAGUUAAUUCAAAUGUUAAAUUGAAAAUAAAGGCAUCUCGUACGAGCUGUACUUCUCCCUACCUGGUUUGAAUUACUGCACAAUAAAGGGGUUUAAAGCACA